AUGAUACAGGUAGAAACCCCCACCUCGGGGGGAUCUACGCCUCCUGCCCGAAACAAAGAAAGGUCCACCGACUCCGCCUCGGCGGGUCCAUCCUCUCCUCCCCGGUCUCCGCGCUCCUCUAUCCGCUCUCAGCUCCCAGAGUCACUACCGACCGAUGCUUCGGACUCAGCAACUAUCCAGAAGCAUCUGGACAAACAUCGCCGGUCGUCCUUGCUGGGCAAGAAAAAGUCUUCUUCCCGCCUGAAGAAGGAAGCGUCCGAGGCGGCCGCAUGGCAUGAGCAGAUGAACGAUGUGGAUGAGGAGGUGGAGCAGGAGGUAGUAGAGAGGAGUGUGGCGUUUGAUAUGGAGGAGCUGAGGCGGACGAUGCCGGAGGCGGUGAAGAUGUUGAGGGAUGGGGAGGAGUGGGAGGGGAUGGAUCUGGAUGAUGGGCUAGAGGGAGGUUUCGCUUGGGACGUCAUGUUUGAGAACCAGCGGGGUAUACACUUUCUUGGUAAAGCCUACUUUACGUCCAACUCGCUUCUCCCCUCCGACCCAUCUCAGUAUACCCUUCCCGGCAAGCCCAUCCCGACCGCCUCGUCCAUGACCAUCUCCACCUCGGGCCCAUCGGAGGGUCCGAACCACGCCCUCCGUCCCGCUCAGCCCGCCGUCAAGACCUCGCGCUUGCCCCGAAGACUGCACCCGUCCAAGCCAGGGACGUACGACCCAAAUUACGGCGAGCACCAUAUCAACCUCAGUGCAGAACACCGGAACAUCAAGACGGCGUACUCGCUCACGACGUACCAGUGCCCCGGGCCGCAGUGGGAGUGGGUGACGCCCUGGAUGAUCAAUAUGAAAGUGGGGACGGAUGAGGAUGGCUGGAGGUAUAAUGCGUGGUUCAAGCAGAAAGGGUGGAGGAAUCAUGCGGGUCCGGCGGGGUGGUGGGGAUGGGUCAGGAGGAGAGAGUGGGUCAGGCUGAGGACGGUGAGGCCGAUGGGGCAUGGGGAGGAGAGAGAAGUCGAUGAGACAGGGCAAGGGGAGGGCAAGGCGGACGGAAAGGGGACAUCCAAGCGGGAAGCGAGGCUGGAUAUGGAGAAGGUCUUGAUGCAGGCCAAAAAAGACGAUGGUCCUGGCGCUGUCCUACACGCUAUGAGCUCAAUAUUGCUCGAUAGGGAGAAGCUGGCAUGGUGGACGGCGGGCCUGAACAAGGCGGAUGGGAGGGAGGAGGUCCGUCACAGGAUACAAGAGUUGCUCGAUGACGAAGAUAUCGUGAGUUGUCAAUAUCCCUCCCUGACCUGA